AGAGCACGGUGCGGACGGGAGCUCCCUGUGCGGGCUCCGCAGUACCCUAAAGCGGGCCAAAAGAGCCCGGUGCCCCCAAACGGGGACUCGGUGUCUGUUUCUCAAGCAUGAACACGCAGGACGCUCUCUGAGCCCCUAAACACGGGACUCGCUGUCUCUGUCCCGGUGUCCGCCUCAGCCGAGCCCCUUUCCGAGCCGCUUUCCUCACCUAGGCGGUCCCGGGGUUCCCAGGGGAGCGGCCGGGGCCGGGCCGGCCCGCGCAGCCCCGGGGCCCCGCCCCGCGCAGGCGCCGCUGGCCGUGGCCAUGGCGGAGAAGGCGCAGAAGAGCGUGAAGAUCGCGCCGGGCGCCGUGGUGUGCGUGGAGAGCGAGAUCCGCGGGGACGUGACCAUCGGGCCCCGGACCGUGAUCCACCCCAAGGCCCGCAUCAUCGCCGAGGCGGGGCCUAUCGUCAUCGGAGAGGGGAACCUGAUCGAGGAGCAGGCGCUCAUCAUCAACGGGUACCCAGAAAAUAUAACCCCAGAGAGCGAAGAUGUGGAGCCCAAGCCCAUGGUCAUUGGCACCAACAAUGUUUUUGAGGUUGGGUGCUAUUCCCAAGCGAUGAAGGUGGGAGACAACAACGUCAUAGAAUCCAAAGCCUUUGUAGGCAGGAACGUGAUCCUGACGAGCGGCUGCAUCAUCGGGGCCUGCUGCAAUGUGAACACCUACGAGGUGAUCCCGGAGAACACCGUCAUCUACGGCGCCGACUGCCUGCGCCGCGUGCAGACCGAGCGGCCUCAGCCCCAGACGCUGCAGCUGGAUUUCCUCAUGAAGAUCCUGCCCAACUACCACCACCUGAAGAAGACCAUGAAGACCGCAUCCACCCCUGUCAAGAGCUGAGCACCCACCUCAUGUUCCAGUGCCUGGGAAUCACUACACACUCUGGGAAGAGUCCAAUCUCUACAUCCCUCAUUCCAUCAAACCAUUUUUUCCUUCUUUGUGUAAUUUAUUUAUCUUCCACCGGGAAUCUCUGACCUGCAUUGAGUCUGUUGUCUCUCAUGCAUUAACUCUACUGUUCGUGCUCUGUUUCGGGAAUAAAAUACCUCCUGUUCCUGUG